AUGAGUCUCUUCAGCGACAUCGUCAACUCAAUCGGCAGCGACAAGUCUCCAGCACCACCAAAGCCGCCAGCGAGACCGCUCAGCGCAAAUGCACAUCGGCCAAGUCUCGACGUCAGCAAGCCUGGGUUCCGGCCCGGUUUGCCGACAGGCCCCUCGCCGCUGAAUGGCACAAAGCGGAAGGCCGACGACAGCUCUGCAAAACCGCCUGAGAAGCACAUUAGGCCGAAUCCUACACCCGGUUUAACCAGUACUAUUAUCCCGAGACGCCCUGUUGCCCCUCCUCUCAACGCUCCCAAACCGUCCAAUGAAAAAUUUCUUCCUUUGCCCAGACCGAAGCUCGACGCUCAGGUGACCUCACCCAAACCUGGUUCUGCGCCAACCACUCCAACCACCGCAACAGCCAAAGGUCCAGCCAGGGGUUCAUACGCAGAUCUGAUGGCUCGAGCAAAACAAGCGCAAGUGGACAGAACACAACAAAGCCAAGUUGGGUUGAUCAAGCACCAGGCAACAAAUCGAGAGAAGCCGUCGAGAUUGGCUGAGAGAAGACGUCAAGAAGAGGCAAAGUCAAAGGUUGUGAACGAGAAAUCCAGCGGUGGCCGUCUGGCAACUGGCGGUAAAAGGCAGGAUAAAUCUCGAAGCGUUAGUCCCGCGAAAAAGACGGAUCAGCCAAAAGUACCCAAAGUCGCUCGGCCGCCAUUACAUGCUCCCCCGUCAUCUGCCUACAAAGGCACUAUGGGUACUGCUUCUGGUCGGUCCAAACCGGCAGCAAAGCGCGGUUCGAGUUACAAUGAAUACCUCGGCACCGACGAGGAGGACGUCUCGGAUGACAUGGACGGAUAUGGAGAGGACGAAGAAGAUUAUGCCUCUGAUGUGUCGUCUGAUAUGGAAGCUGGAGCGUUUGAGGUGGACGAAGAGGAGCAGAGAGCUCUCAGGACUGCGAAGGAAGAGGAUGCCCGAGAGUUGGCUUUGGAAACUCAAUUGAAGCGAGAGAAAGAGGAGCGGCGUCGGAAGCUUAUGAACCUUGCAGGGAAGAAGAGGUGA